GCCACGGUUACUUCUUCCUGUGAGAGGCCGGAAGUGCGGUGUGAGGGGCGUUUCUUGGGCGCAUCUGGGCGUUUCUGGCGCCUUCUGUGCUGUGCAACCGCGUAGGUGGGCCCGGGUUCCCGUCGCGGCGUCUCGGGUCCUGCUUCGCCUCGCUUCCCCGGUACCGAGGCGAUGGGGGACUCCAAGGAGGCCGGGGCCGAGACUCCGCCGGCCGGGGCCACGGCUCGCGGAGGACUCAGCCUCCUGUCCCCGGGAGAGGCUGAGGAAGCUUCCGCACAGGGAUCCGCCCUGUGCCUCGGGGGCAGCGAGGUGAAAAGCCGCGCCGUGGUCAAGUACUCCUCCGCGCCGCCGCGGGCCGCCUUCGCGCGCCUCGAGGAGAAGACGGACCUGAAGCUCCCCCCGGCCAACUGGCUGCGCGAGAGCGCCAAGCUGGGGCCGGCGGGGACUACCAUUCUUGGCAACAGUAAGAAGAGCAAGCCAUUUUCAAGCUUUGGGAUGGCGUACGACUUCAUCGAUUCCGUGGGUAACGAUGUGGAUGUCGUCUCUGACUCGGAGAACAUAAAAAAGCUGCUGAAGAUCCCCUACAGCAAGUCCCACGUGAGCAUGGCUGUGCACCGUGUCGGAAGGACUCUCUUGUUAGAUGAGCUGGAUAUUCAGGAACUCUUCAUGAGAUCUUCGCAGACGGGUGAUUGGACAUGGCUAAAAGAAUUUUAUCAAAGACUUAUUGAUCAGAAGUGGCAAAGGAAGAAAAAGAGCAAAGAGCACUGGUAUCAGAAGGCUAUUCUUUCCAAGUUUUUAUAUUACAGUAUCAAUGGUGAUGGAGCCGCGCAGCCCGUCCCGUCUGCUGCAGAACAGCAGGAAUCGUCCAGCUCCGAUCAGACAAAUGACUCAGAUGGGGCUUCGUGGCCCGCCCCCUUUGACAUGCCUGCUUCCGUUUCCGAAGAUCCCAGUGCUUCCAGUCAGGGAAGUGAGCCUCUUGAACCCUCAUACAUAGUGGGGCAUGUGGCCUCAGCACCCAAAGAGCAAAACCUAACUACUUUGUUCAAUGACGGGGAGAACAGUCAGGGCCUUAAAAAUGACUUUGUUCGGAAUAUUUUAUGGACAUUUGAAGAUAUACAUAUGCUGGUUGGCUCCAACAUGCCUAUAUUUGGAGGAGGCAGAUAUCCAGCGGUCAGCUUACGUCUCAGGGAUAACAACAAACCAAUUAAUGUGCUAACUGGAAUUGACUAUUGGUUGGACAACUUGAUAUGCAAUGUACCAGAGCUUGUGAUGUGUUUUCAUGUAAAUGGAAUUGUACAGAAGUACGAAAUGAUAAAGACAGAAGAGAUUCCUGAUUUGGAAAACUCUAAUUUUUCUACUAAAGUCAUAAAAGACAUUGCACAGAAUAUUUUAUCAUUUCUGAAAUCUAAUUGUACCAAAGAAGGACAUACCUAUUGGCUAUUUAAAGCGAGCGGCAGUGAUAUAGUGAAGCUCUAUGAUCUCACUACUCUUUGUGAAGAAACUGAAGAUAAAUACCAAAAUCCAUUCACAAUGCCAGUGGCUAUUCUCUUAUAUAAGGUUGCUUGCAACAUGAUGAUGAAGAAGAAUCAAAAUAAGAAACACUACGGAACUAUCAGGACAUUGCUUCUUAAUUGUCUUAAGUUGUUGGACAAAAGCAGACACCCUCAAAUUAUUGCUUCAGCCAAUUACAUGCUUUCAGAACUUUUUCAACUGGAUGAACCUAAAAAAGAAGAAGGUUCAGAAUCUCCUUUAAAUGAGAAUUCUGAUGAAAGUUACAGUGAAGAGGAGGAGGAGAUGCCGGACAGCGAUGAAAAUGGGUCCUAUAGCACCGGUUCCGAUCCUCCAGAGGAUAACAAAGCAGUAGCUAUAAUUAAGUCUGUUGGAGAAUUAUCAGUUCCAGAAAAAUACAAAUCCAUUCAUCAAAUCAGACCCAGUUGUGCAUUUCCAGUUUGCCACGACACAGAAGAGCGCUGUAGACUUGUCCUUAGCUAUGUUCUAGAGGGCUUAAAGUCUGUGGAUAGCAGCAUUAAGAAAGAAAGCGACCUCCCUGCAGCUGACCCCAACACCCCAAUUCCAUUAAAAUACGAAGACGAAUCCACAAGGGCGGGUCCUGAGGGUCUGGAGAAGCAGAUGGCCUUGUUUUUGGACAAAAUGGGCUCCCUUCGGAAGGGAAAUUACUCUAGUCAGUCCGGAAUGAUCCCCGGAUCUUGGCAACAUAAGAUGAAACUCCAGCUGAUCCUCAAGUCAUCGAAGGCCUAUUAUGUUUUGUCUGAUGCUGCCAUGAGUCUUCAGAAAUACGGGAGAGCGUUACGAUACAUUAAAUUAGCUUUGCAGAGCCACGACACUUACUGCUGCCUCUGCACCAACAUGUUUUCUGAAGUGCUGCUGUUUCUUUCUCAAUAUCUGACACUCUGUGGGGAUAUCCAGCUGAUGCUGGCCCAGAAUGCGAACAACAGAGCGGCGCACCUUGAGGAGUUUAACUACCAAACCAAAGAGGACCAGGAGAUCCUGCACAGCCUCCACAGGGAGUCCACCUGCCAAGGAUUUGCAUGGGCAACUGAUCUGUCUACAGACUUAGAAAGCCAGCUUUCAGUUAGUUGUAAAUGUUACGAGGCUGCUAAUGAAAUCUUGCAAUUUAGUGACUUAAAAAGCCAAAACCCAGAACACUACGUACAAGUAUUGAAGAGAAUGGGUAACAUCAGAAAUGAAAUCGGCGUGUUUUAUAUGAAUCAGGCUGCUGCACUACAGAGUGAGAGAGUAGUGAGCAAAAGCGUGUCUACUGCAGAGCAACAGUUGUGGAAGAAAAGCUUUUCGUGUUUUGAAAAAGGCAUUCACAACUUCGAGUCGAUCGGUGACGCCACGAACGCUGCCCUUUUGUUAUGUAACACGGGGAGGCUCAUGCGGAUCUGCGCACAGGCGCACUGUGGCGCUGGGGACGAAUUUAAACGUGAAUUCUCACCGGAGGAGGGCCUGUACUACAAUAAGGCUGUCGAUUACUACCUGAAAGCACUGCGGUCGCUGGGGACGCGAGACGUCCACCCUGCCGUCUGGGACUCCGUGAACUGGGAGCUGUCCACCACCUACUUCACGAUGGCCACGCUGCAGCAGGACUACGCUCCGCUGUCCAGGAAGGCCCAGGAGCAGAUUGAGAAAGAAGUCAGCGAGGCGAUGAUGAAGUCCCUGAAAUACUGCGACGUGGACUCGGUGUCGGCCCGGCAGCCCCUGUGUCAGUACCGAGCGGCCACCAUCCACCACAGGCUGGCCUCCAUGUACCACAGUUGCCUGAGGAACCAGGUCGGCGACGAGCAUCUCAGGAAGCAGCACCGGGUGCUGGCCGACCUCCAUUACAGCAAAGCCGCAGCGCUUUUCCAGCUCCUGAAGGAUACGCCCUGCGAGCUGCUGAGGGUGCAGCUGGAGCGCGUCGCCUUUGCAGAGUUCCAGAUGGCCAGUCAGAAUAGUAAUGUUGGAAAAUUAAAAACACUGUCCGGGGCACUUGACAUAAUGGUGAGAACUAAGCGUGCAUUCCAGCUCAUCAGAAAGGAGCUCGUCGCGGAAUCGGACCAGCCCAAGAGAGAUGAGCCUUCCCCAGCGGCUGACACGGCUCCUGGUCUGAACCGAGAAGAAGCGUUGAAACUCCUCAGCAUCUUUGAGUCCCGGCUGUCAUUCCUGCUCCUCCAGUCCAUCCGGCUGCUGUCUCCAGGCAAGAGGAAGACAAGCAAUAACGUGGAAGAAGAUGUAGCCCUCAAAACCAACAAGCACAUUUACUCCCAGCUUUUGAGAGCUACCGCUAACAAAAACACAAGUCUCUUGGAGAGAAUCGACGUCCUCCUCCACCUGCUGGACCAGCUCGCCGGGGGCGGCGCCGUCCAGUGACUUGCCGGGGCUGUGUCUGCACAGGUGCAGCCCGUGCCUUCUGCACUCGGGGGCCCCCCCACCCACUCGGUGCUUCGUUCAAUUAAACACAGAGGAAACACCACUUCCAGCAGGCGCCGCCGCUGGAGGGCGGCCUCCUCAUUGCGCCGGCGCGGCAGGUCGGGGCAGCGUCACGGACUCCCCGUGGGCAGCGCUAGGGUCAGCGCCUGGCUCUGCGCGCCGGCCUUUCUCUGAGGAGAGUGUGGUGCCUCCGUAUUAAUAGACUGGCUGGGACACAGUUAUACUUUUAAGUAUUUUCGAAGUAUGUUUAAGCUACAUGGGUUUAAGACAUUAUUUUGGAUAAAUGUUACUUUGGGUCAAGGGAACUUUUAUCCUGGUGACACUAGUGGUUCAAGUGGGUUAAAUCGACAGUGUUUCCCUCCAGGCAGUGCAGAGAGGUCUGCCCGUGUUAAGCUUCAGGGCGGGGUUUCUCGAAGAUGCGCCAUUGCGCGGCUCUGCGUGUUCAGUGCAUGCUCUGAAGGAUCCAGUGUUCUUUGACUUUAUAUGCAAGUUGAUCAAGA